AUGCCAGCCCAGUCAUGCCAGCAACUAAGAGCCCAAGCAGUACUGGCUAAUUCUCCAGUUGGCGGCAGUGAGGACCCCACCGCCGAAAAGGAGCCUUACUCUGGCGACCUGCCGUCGCUCAGACUGCGCCGGUACCUGGCCAGAUCCCGGAAGCCGCAAAGGUGCGACAAGAAACGGAAGAUAUGCAAACUGAAGGGAAGCCCUGGCCCUGACAGCUGCCACAAGAAUUGUGUGGAUCAGAAGACCGAUCUCCUCAACUGUGGCAAAUGUGGGAGGAGCUGCAAGGGGAGGUGCGUGAAUCUGGCGUUCGAUAGAAAGAACUGCGGGAGAUGCGGGAACAAGUGCCGUAAGGGGUCCUACUGCCUAUAUGGCAUGUGUGGCUACGCUUAG